AUGCCAGGGCAUGUGUGUCAUCUCCAGAGGUCCUUAUAUGGUUUGAAACAGAGUCCUCGGGCCUGGUUCAAGUGGCUUCAUGAUUUCUUACUGUCUGCAGGCUUCACAUCGUCCAAAACCGAUGUUUCACUGUUUUAUUAUUCUACAGGGGAAUCCCGGGUGUUUCUUCUGGUCUAUGUAGAUGAUAUAAUAAUGAUGGGCAAUGACUCCAAGCUAAUAGACACUCUGUUGCAUCGGCUUUCUACAGCCUUCAAAAUUCGUGAUCUCGGCACACCUGGUUUCUUUCUAGGCAUCGAGAUGGUAUCAGCAGGAGAUAGUGUGGUACUAUCACAAUGCCGAUAUAUGACAGAUUUAAUAGGGCGGUUUGGAAUGGUUGACUGCAAGCUGCUAUCCACACCUGCGGCUGUGACCAAGUCCGUUAUACCAUCUGAUGAACUGUUUGAUAAUCCAAUGCAGUAUCGACGCAUUGUCGGAGCCUUACAGUACUUAACUAUCACUAUGCCUGAUCUAGCCUAUGUAGUCAACCGCCUAUGUCAAUUUAUGCAUACACCCACAACAGAACAUUGGGGUUUAGUAAAACGGGUACUUCGCUACAUUAAGGGGACAUUGGACUAUGGACUGCGACUUACUCCGUCCUCCUCGUCCCGCAUUCAUGCUUUCUCGGACUCUGACUGGGCUGGCUGUCCUAUAGAUUGGAAGAGUACAAGUGGGUUUGCUGUUUACCUGGGUUCUAAUCUAAUCUCAUGGCUGUCGAAGAAGCAGCAUAUCGUGGCUCGAUCUUCCAUUGAAGCAGAGUACAAGGCUUUGGCUGAUGUGUCCGCCGAAGUAACUUGGGUGGUUUCCUUGCUUCGGGAGCUCGGGUUAUACUCUAGUGGUCCAGCAACGCUGUGGUGUGAUAAUCUUGGGGCAACCUAUCUGUGUGCUAAUCCUGUGUUCCAUGCAAGAACUAAGCACAUGGAAAUUGACUAUCAUUUUGUUCGUGACAAGGUCGCUUCAGGAGAGUUCGUUGUUAAUUACGUGUCUACUGCCGAUCAGCUCGCCGAUAUCUUCACCAAGCCGCUAUCUGCACCGAGGUUUGCUACUCUGCAUGACAAGCUCAAUGGUGGACAGCGCAUAUUGCGCUCUUCAUAUGGACAGUGCAUAUGGCGCUUGUUUGUGGACGAUGCACGUCCUUUCCAUUUUUGUGGAAGGGAUGGAGGGGCUGCUUACUAUAAAUAG